AUGGUGGUCGCUGAGAAGCAAACUGCCCAGGUCGGCGAGGCCAGGCCGAGGAACAGCACUGAGCUAGACACGGUGCGCCAAGAGGCUGCUCUGGGUCACAAACAGGAGCUGGUGCGGAAUUUCGGGCUCUGGAGUGUGACGAGCUUGGGAAUUGUGAUAGCCAAUUCCUGGGCCGCAACUGGUGGCACAAUUGUGACUGCACUCAUGAAUGGAGGUCCGAUGGCUCUGCUAUAUGGCUUGAUACUCGUGAGCACCUUCUAUACGGCAAUUUCGGCAUCGCUGGCCGAAUUGGCAUCUUCUAUGCCCUCCGCAGGCGGAGUCUAUUACUGGUCCACGGUACUAAGUGGGAAACAUGGCCGCGUUGUUGGAUUCUUCACGGGGUAUCUUAAUGCCUGCGCCUGGCUCUUAUCGGCCUCCUCGAUGAGCUCCAUGCUAGGCAAUGAAGCAGUGGCCAUGUAUUUGCUUCGGCAUUCCGAUGUCACCUGGCAGUCCUGGCAGGUGUUUAUUGUAUUCCAAAUUGUUAAUUGGACUUGCUGCGCGAUCGUAUGUCUAGGGAACCGGUUUAUCCCUCUGAUUAACCGAGUUGCACUGAUCCUAUCAAUGACCGGACUCUUUGCAACCAUCGUGGUCCUUGCAGCGAUGCCAAAGACACACGCGAACUCUUCGCAGGUGUGGACGCAAUACUACAACAUGACUGGCGGCUGGUCCGAUGGAGUGUGCUUUAUGACAGGACUGCUUAAUGCAGCCUUUGCUGUGGGGGUUCCUGAUUGUAUCAGUCAUUUAUCUGAAGAGGUUCCUAAGCCACAAGUCAAGGUCCCUCAGGGUAUCAUGAUCCAGAUGUUAACGGCCUUCACUACCUCAUUCAUUUAUUUGAUUGCCCUGUUCUAUUCGAUCCAGGACAUUGAUGCGGUUUUCAACACUAACGUGGGCUAUUUUCCUACUGCUGAAAUCUACCGGCAAGCUACGGGAUCCACCACUGGUGCUAUCGGACUUAUUGCGGUGCUCUUCCUGGCUACCUUCCCAACCCUGAUCGGCACUCUCGUCACUGGAGGACGGAUGUGGUGGAGCUUAGCCCGGGACAACGCAACGCCUUUCUCGAGCUAUUUUGCCCAGGUGCAUCCUAAAUUGAACUGCCCCGUCCGUGCUACCGUCGCCAUGAGUGCACUAGUUACAUGUAUCGGCUGUAUCUACGUCGGUAGCACAACGGCAUUCCAGGCCCUCAUUUCGUCCUUCAUCGUGCUAAGCACUUUAUCUUACUUUGGGGCUAUCCUCCCCCAUGUGUUGACUGGCCGCCGGAACAUAGUCCCCGGCCCCUUCUAUAUGGGCAAGAAUCUAGGAAUGGUGGUGAAUGUUGUCUCGUUGGUAUAUAUCAUCGUCACUGUGAUAUUCUUCUGCUUCCCAUUCGUGAUGCCUGCCACCGUUCAGAACAUGAAUUAUACGAGCGUCAUCACUGUCGGUUUGAUGACAUUGACCGCACUGUGGUGGUUUGUCCGCGGGAAGACCGAGUACAGAGGCCCGCACUUCAGUUUUGAGGCUGCCAAACACUUGACCUCUGUUGAAGCAGCCAAGGAGAGCGGCAGUCCUGCAAUUGUGCCCAUGGAGAAGUCUACAACAACUGACACGGACGAGCAUGGGCGGGUGGAAUGA